GGGCAGAACCAGGAAGUACCGUCUCUUUGGGCAGAAUACAGCAUUUAUCUCGUAACUGACGCCGCUGCUGCUUAAACUACUGUGUUGUGAUGGCAGUGGACUGGAUUGGAUUUGGCUAUGCCGCAACCAUUCUAUUUGGAGGAUUUAUGGGAUACAAGAGAAAAGGCAGUGUGAUGUCCCUGAUGGCUGGUUUAGUCUUUGGUGGAUUAUCUGCUUAUGGUGCCUUUAACAUCUCCAGUGAUCCAAAGGACAUCAAGAUAUCAUUAAUGGCCUCGGGAGCCCUUGCAGUCGUCAUGGGGCUGAGAUACAAGAAAUCUGGGAAGUUGAUGCCUGCAGGCAUUAUGUCAGGACUGAGUUUCCUGAUGGUGUUUCGUCUGUUGCUCCUGGUCAUGAUGUAACCCAGAGGACGGCGCUGAGGCCUCUCUAUGCCUGUGAACAAGCCUUACUUUUAAGAAAACACUCUCAUACAUUCUGCUAAAACAAGUCUUAUGUUUUGUGGGUAUUAGAAUAUGAGCUUGUUUAUAACCUUGCAUUAAGUUUUUGUUUUUUUUGGUUUUUUUUUUACCAUCAUACGAUUGUGAUUCUCAUGAUAAGCUUCUUCGCAGUGCAUUCCCUGACACUACUGGUAGAACAGUUUGUGCAGUAUAUGUGAUCUGGAGUUUACACUAAUAUCAGUUUUGCAGGCUGCUAAAGUAAUCAGAUCACACAAAAAAAUAAAAUAACCAACAACUAAGAAAGAGUAAAAUCUGGAAUUUUGACUUGUGUUAUUUCUCAGAGAGAACAAAGUGAUUUGUACUUUUUUUAAUGAAGCUAAACAAAAUAAAAAAUGAUUUCUGAAUAAAUGUUUUAUUUUGUGUACAAGAUGA